AUGAGCUCGCGGUCCACGUCGGGCACCUCGACGCCCUCGGGCAGAAAGCCCAGGAGCUUGAGGCCGGUGGCCCUCGCCAUCCUGGCCUUCCGUCUCAAGCACAAGUUUGAGACUCGGCCCUCGACUGACAGAAAACGAAGGCUGAGCAUGGCAGUUGAGAAAGAAGGCAAUUUCAGUCUUCCUCUAGAAAUUGUAUUCGCCGGAAUCUCUGCCACUCUCGAAUCCCCUAAAACUCUAGCUGUGGCCAUUUCAAUCCACGACAGCGUGUACAGCAUCGACUUUUCAGUUGCCCGCCUUGACUUGGACGAUACGCCUGCUGAAUUUGAUCGAGCCAGCAUCAUCAGUGAAUACAUCGUUUCUGAGCUGAGAAAAUAUGAGCGUGAACACAUGUGCAAGUUUCUGGGGGUGGGAUUGCCGGAUGUUUUGCGAGAGAUGAGCCCCAAGCUCUGCUCCAGGCUCUGGUCUCAACUCGAUAUUGUGCCAUUUGUAAUGCAUGUUCAUUUGGAUCGCUCUAUGCAGGAUACUUCUGAGUACUGGGGAAUCAAGAGUAUCGAUGAGCAAGCAGACUCAAUGGCCAGAAAAUGUCUUAUGUAUUUUGGGCCAAGCCGAGUACCUCUGUUGCAAGUAGGUUUCCGAGGCAUCGUUGAAACAGACGCUGGAUUUCACGCGCAACUGGUGACGUUGGAGGAUUUCCAAAAUACCGUUGGCGAGGGCACCUGGAACGCAGUAAUGAAGUAUACCAAAGAUCUUCAGAAACGAAAGGUGAAAGCAGCAUUUUUCAGCAGCACGCCUCAAGGCGGAGGUGUAGCCCUGAUGCGGCACGCCCUCAUACGUUUCUUCAAGACAAUUGGUGUCGACAUGAGAUGGUAUGUUCCGAAACCAAAGCCCGGCGUCUUCCGCAUUACCAAAACCAAUCACAACAUCCUUCAAGGCGUUUCAAAGCCGGACGAGCGUCUCUCUGAGCCGCAAGGCGCUGUCCUGUCCAACUGGAUUGAGGAAAAUGCGGAACGAUAUUGGUUCUCCAAGGGCGGUCCGCUGCGGCCGCCAUCUGAAGGUGGUGUCGAUGUUGUCUUCAUAGACGAUCCUCAGAUGCCUGGACUUAUUCCUCUGAUCAAGAAGAUCACCCCGGACAGGCUGGUGGUCUACCGCAGCCACAUUGAAAUCCGAAGCGAUUUGACGGAUAUCAAAGGCAGUCCCCAGGCAGAGGCGUGGAACUUUUUGUGGAACGAUAUUAAGCAGGCCGACAUGUUCAUAAGCCAUCCUGUGAGCCGCUUUGUCCCUCACAACGUGCCUGAACAGAUGGUCGGGUACUUAGGAGCUGCUACGGAUUGGCUUGACGGCUUGAACAAGAACAUGAACAGCUGGGAUUUGGGUUAUUAUGGGCAUGCGUUCAAUGUAGAGUGUCAGGACAUUCAUAUGACAAAGCUUGAAUACCCUGCGCGCAAAUAUAUUGUUCAGGUUGCUCGAUUCGAUCCGUCCAAGGGCAUUCCUCAGGUGCUCGAAUCAUAUGCCAAAUUUCGACGGAAUCAUUUGAAAAAUUUCGACCGAGCUGACACUCCUCAGCUUCUCCUAUGCGGUCACGGGUCUGUCGACGAUCCGGAUGCUACAUGGAUUUACGACCAGACUAUGGACUCGAUCUCAUCCCUCUAUUCUGAUCUUGCCAACGACAUUUCCGUUAUGCGUCUUGGUCCAAGCGACCAGAUGCUCAACACACUUUUGUCCGAAUCCUACGUUGCUCUACAGCUUUCUACCCGGGAGGGAUUUGAAGUCAAAGUCUCAGAAGCUCUCCAUAAGGGCAAGCCUGUCAUUGCGACACUCGCUGGCGGUAUUCCUCUCCAAGUGCAGCACGAGAAGAAUGGCUAUCUUGUCAAAGUCUACGACACCGAUGCAGUUGCGCAGCACUUAUACGAUCUCUGGACCAAUGAUGAGCUUUAUGAGAAAAUGAGCAAAUAUGCUGCUCACAGUGUCAGUGAUGAGAUUGGUACAGUAGGAAACGCUUUAUCCUGGUUGUACCUUGCUUCGGAGCUUUCGCAAGGUCACAAGCUCGAACCAAAUGGUCGAUGGAUCAAUGACAUGGCUCGUGAGACUGCAAAUGAGCCUUACCGGCCAGGCGAAAACCGAUUGCCGAGAGGUAAGCCAUCAUAUCCUGGUAGAUUAGCGAAGCAAUUAGCUGCAGUAUAA